AAGAAGGACGACAAUCCGCCACCGUGGAGAGAUGGUGAUGAUGAAGAAGAUGGAGAGUACAGCUCAACCGCCGGAACCUCUGAGAUCAAGUCGUAUCUGAGAAGGCGAGCUGCUGCGGGAGGUGAUCGACCCAGAAGCAGCUUGGGUACGGUCAAGAUUGAGGAGUUCUAUGGUGACCGUGCGAGGUACGUCAAGUGGAAGAAAGCAAUCGAGGCGCAGGCGGAGCUCUACCGUUUGGAGGAUGCGGAGCUGGCCAUGUUGGUGUACCUGAGCACAAAGAAGGAUGCGCGGGACUGUCUGGAGCAGCGGGCCAUCGGCGAGUGCACGAAGGGCGGCGGACUGCAGCUGAUGUGGGGGCUUCUGAACGAGGCCUUCGGAGAGACGGAAGAGGAGCUCUUUGAGAGGGCGGAGGCAGAGUUCAUGAACUACCGCAGGCUGCCAGGCCAGUCGGUGGCAUCGUACAUUGGCCAGAUGAAGCGCUUGAAGGCCCAGUACCACAGGGUGGAUCCGGACAGUUGUAUGUCAGACCGGGCAUGGGCACAGAGACUCCUGAACAAGUGCUCGCUGGGAAGGAGAGAGAGGCUGGAUGUCUUCUUCAGUGCCGGAGGCCGCUACAUCCCGAGCGACAUUGAGCGUGCUCUGAGGUAUCGGUGUGGAAAGGUGCACGAGGAUGAGCGACGUCUGCCGGGACGACCGCCGCCACCUCAACCAUUUCGCACCUACAGAGGAGCAGGUACAGUGAGUACCAAGCCGGUGGAAAGGAUGGCUGCCAAGCCCAAGUGGAGGACAAGGCCAUCGGGAGCUCAUGUGGUGGCAGAUGAUGAGGCAUGUUUUGAUGAAGAGCCGGAAGAUCUUGAGAAGGAUGAGGAGGCCUAUCAGACCUACCUGGAGACGCUGCAUGAGACGGAAGAGGUCGAGAUCGAGGAGCCAGACGAGCUGGAGAAGGAGCUCAGCGUGCUCAUGGAUGAGGUGGUCUCGGGGGAGGACGACCUUCCGGAGGAGGAUCUCAAGGAGGCUUACGCCGCUGGCUGGAAAGCAAAAGCCAGACAGGCCGACCACAAGAAAGCACGAGGAUGGAGAACCCCCGGAAGAAGAAAUCUUCGUGUGCGAGCUGUGGACGGGUCGGACACUGGCGAGGAGAUCCGGAGUGCCCGAAUGUUCAGAGCGGCAAGGAUAAGCCACACACCGCCAAGUGAUUCUGCUGCCAGCACUCCCAACCAGGUGCACUUCACCUUCAUGGUCGGCGGUGGCUACAGCCAGGAGGAGACGCCGCCAAUGGGGGUGUGUCCAAGGUGCAGGUGGCCGACAGCAGACACCUGCAAGUUCUGCAGCAACUGCGGGCAGAACCUGUACCGAGACGACAGGAUGUCAGAGAAUAAGAGAGGUUGGGGCCUGGUAGGAGAAGACAAUGAGGAGAUUCUCACCGUUGAGGAGACAGACGAUGAGGAGGAGACCCCCAGCUACACCUACGACGUGAAGAGGAGCACGGUCAAGGAAGCUGCGGGUAUGACGCCGGGGAAGAAGCAAGACGAGAAGAUAAAGCUGAAGCCCAAGGAGGUCAUCUCGGUGCUGGAUAAGAUGACAAAGGAGGUGACGGCGCCCGUUACCAAAGAGUUGCCGGCGAGAGAGGCUGCGCUGAGGGACUUCCGGUACGAGCUCUAUCAGCGCCAAGUGAAGGAGGGCCACUAUGGGAGAUGCCGACUGUGCGACCUGAAGCACGUGCUGUAUUUCUCUGACCGUCAUGGUGCCCUGGUGAGCAGCCAGCAGCAUUUGGAGGAGAUCUAUGUAUCCGGCAUCUGUCCGGGGCAAGCGAUAGCAGACACUGGCUGUCGAACGGCAGUUGGAGGAGGUGCCUGGCAUGAGAGCUUGCAGAAGGAGCUCAAGGUGAGGCUUGCCGGAGUCACCGCAUACAUUUACCCGGUGGGCAUCUUCGGGGUGAACGCGGCAGUGAGGUGGAGCUGUAUGUUCAACUUCGGCACUCGCCAGAUGACGCUCUUCGGCAUCACCAGAGAGAUGAGGCUGACAAACACCAGGCAUCCUGCUGUGGACCUGCUGGACUUUGGUGAGAUCAGGGGCGAUUACUGGGAGCAGCCGGAGGUGAAAAGAUUGAAAGACGUGCUGGUGAGGAUGCCACACACGUUUGCCUUUGUGCAAGACAAGUCGGAGGACACUUCGGGAGAGGAGACUGAGGAGACUUCGGAGGAGUCCAGAGACGCCGGUCUUGAGGAUGAGUUGUUGGCAGACCUUGAGGCUGAACUAGGCGAGUUCCCCAUCUGCGACAUCGAGGAAUCGGAGCCCGUUGAGGACGGCCAGGAAGAGAAAGAUGAUGCUGCCGAAGACAUUGACGUGAUGGUGGCCGGCAACACGAAGUCUUUCAGCAAAAUCCGGAAGGCCGGAGAAGACGAGGUGCGCAGACGCCAGCAGCAGCCCCAGCAGCCCCAGGACCCAUGCUUGCGGCCCAGCUCACUUCCUUUGAGGAAAAAGUGGAAGGUCCUGGAGGUGUUCAUUAGCCUGAUGGCCUUGGAAAGAGGCUGGCACAUGUGCGAGCCGGUGACCUUGCCGGGGUGGGAUCUUCGUGAUCCCCAGACGAGGGAGGAGGCACACAACUACAUCGACUCCCAGGCGGUGAGGCGAUUGGCGCAGAAGAGAAAUGAACAUCGCCCUAUGCUGGAGUUCGUUGGAGAGGCUGUGAGGAGCCCGCCGCUUUAUGAAGAAGCCAACCAGGCUGGUGGGAACGCCAGAAGUGAUCAGAUGCUGCAGCCGGAGAUGCAAAGGGAGGUGGUGAUAGGUGCAGAGGAGUACCUGAAAGGAACGCGCAGGCCGGAAAUAUUUGUGGAAGGCGCUCAUGUGCCGGAGGAGCGCUUCGAAGAGUUUGAGAAUGAAGAAGAGGUGGUACCAGAGGAAGAUCUGGAACAGAGGAUGCUGCAGGAAGAGCUUGAGGAGAUGUCCAGAGAGGAGCAAGUGCCUGAGGAGGCCCAGCGACAGCAGAAGCAGACAAGAGACAGGUUGAGGCUGAUGAUGGUUCAUCGGAGGCUUGACAUCCAAGCCCCGAGACCCUGGAGAGAAUGCUACGACUAG